CGCCAUCAUAACGACCAUUAACCUCGACAUCUUCACUGUCUGAAUGGCAAUCUCAUCCGUCUCCUGUGUCCGUCAACAAAGGCUGCAUCAUCUACGCUGAAUCUAAGAUGACUCUCACCCAGCACCGGAUGAAUUGUCGCAGAUCAAUAUUGGCAGAAACAGACAACUUCUAACACCAGACUCAUCAUGUCUGCCUUUACCGCUCUUAAUGUCGAACCUGAAGACACCUUUGAAGAGGAGAUCGAUGACACGCGAGAGAUCCAGCUGGAAGAGGCCUUCAAACUUUACCAAAAUGCCCUGAAACUUCAUUCUCAGGGUCCCGACUACUUUCAAGAAGCCAAGGAUGCUUACGACGAACUUCUGAGAUCCGAAGUCUUCAAAUACCCAGAUGUGGUCUCGGAUUUUCAACAUGACGAAGUUGACGAUGAGGCGACAAUCGUCGUCGCGCAGACAGACGCCGGUGCACUAUCUCUGCUCCCUAGCAGUGCCGCUGAUUCCUCCGCAAGCUCGGUCCCACAACUUCUUUAUCUCGCCUUCAAGAACAAGGGUCAAUUUCUGCUGGAUGUUGCUCGCCACCACGUCUCAAACCAGAGGGGCUCUCGCUCCGAACUUUGUCAGUACUACGCCAAGUCCUGCAAAGAAAGCCUUAGACAGUUCGCCCAAGCCCUUGAGCGCGAUGACACCGAUCUCGACUCCUGGAAGAAAGCUGCCCGUGUGGCAGAUGUUCUGUCUACUCAGCGAAUAGCACGAUUUUGCUUGGAGAGUGUCCUAGCUGGCGAGGAUGAAGAUGGCGAACAAACCAUCGACUUAUCAGGUCUCGAUGAAGCCUUUGCAGCUGGGGAACUCGAGGAAGUAGUCACACUGGUCCAAGAUGACCUGAGCCGUCUCCAGAGUUCGGACGUACGACCAAAGGAUAGGCUUCUGAACAUGUUGAAGAAAUCAAAUGACCCAUACCCAUUCCUACCGAAACAUACAACAACUCUCGAAUACCUCGAUGACAAGUAUCGCCCUCUGAGCUUCGCGGUGAGCCAGAAAUCUCUACGACCGACUUCUCCUGAUCUGUAUUCCCUGGGCAAGGAGAUUUUCAAGACUAUGGAAGAACUUCAAAAUGGCGACUCUUCUCUCACUAGCGCCAGUACGAUAGGAGUAGACUUGAACAUGACAGACCACGGAAUUGAGACGGCACCGGCGUCUGACAAUGUGGGCAAGCAAGCCAGUGCCAUCGGCGCUGGACAGGACAAUACGUCGCAAAGUCCUGUCCAACAUCCAGCAGAGACAGGAAACCAGAUUGAGCCGCCACCUCAGAAAGAAUCACCACGAGAUCGGGGUGCUGAUGAAUUGAGCGAAGCAAGACAGCGAGAGAACGAUAACCCGCCGGAUGGAGACACGAUCGUGAUGCGACCUUGUCCAGCACCAUCGAGAAAACGUUCAACAACAGUUGCUGGCAACGAUGAAACCGAAGGGCGAGCAAAGAGUAAAAGAUUGCGAGCGAGAGAAUCAAUGGUCGACCUAACUGCUCAAGACGAUGAAGCAUCGCAUGAAGAUCCCCAGUACUUCCUGGACCAACUUGCUAUCUUCGAGCAGGCGGAUCAAGCCACAUUCGACGUAGCGAAUUCCCUUCUGAUCAAGCUUGGUAUGAAACUAUACUUGUCAGCCGAACAAGCCAGGCAAGCUUUCUGGACGGCUACCGAUGAGAAAGCCGAAGAGGGUGGUCCCGAAAGUUCCCAGCAAGACCUACAACUUUCUUCAGACCUUCGCUUGGUCUUGAUGAACUGGUCAGAUGACAAGGGCCAAGCCAUCGUCAACGGUCAUAGUAAUCAGGAUUUUCCAGAAAAGGCGACCGGCAUGGCUUUGUUCCUGCAACACCUCAAACCUGAUAUUCCCAAGGAGAUAGAUCGCCCCAGGAGCUCCGACAAAGUCAUUCUGGGCUCCCUGGUCACUCUAAUCAAUGCUGAACCAUCAAAUAUCUACGAAGCCGCGAGCUCCUGGUUGUCUUCGGUUCUCACUGGCUCGAACAGCCUGGGCAAGCCAUGUCCAUCGCCGUAUCUAAGUGAGAAAUGGACGGUCGAUAUUAAAUACAUGGUGGGUGAAUUAGCUCGUAUAAUGGAGCAAUAUCUAUGGGAGGUUUUUCAGCAGCGCCUUUCCUCCCUUUCCAAUUCGAGUCACAAGCAAGUCGAUGGAAUAAACUCGGAAGUCCGUUCAGCUGUUGAAAUGGUCGAGUCUCUCUUCGAGAUAUUCCUUGAUCGGGCCGCUACAACCUCCGAAUCAGGCGGAGACUUUGACUAUGCCAGUCAAAUCGGCCAUGCAGACCGCCUGAAGAGAUGGUCAGGUCUGGCGAGCGAAUUUAUGCAACUCUAUUUCAACUCUCCUGCUGCUGGGCUGAACGAUCCUCUGGUUCUCCGCUUUAUCUGGGCGUCAGUUGCCCAGGCAAGACUAGACGACAAUGUCGCCAAAGAGCAUAUUGUUUCGCUGCUCGAAGAGCUGAAGGCCUUGCUGGAGAAGACCAAUGCAGACCCGAUCUUCCUACCGAACAAUGCUGCGAUGUCUGUCAUCUCUGUGGCUGCCAUUGAUCGAGAACUCUCCGCUCUCAGUACGCGCGAUUUCUUCACGAGCGUUUUCGACGACGAUAACAGCGACCCUGUGGCUGUAAUCGAGAAAUUAGAGCCUAUCUUGGAGUCAACCCCUAAAUCUGGAGAAGGGAGUGCCGGUUUCCAGCACUCAACCCAGGCUGAAGAGCUCGUCCAAUUUCUUGAAUCCGGCGACGCGGCACUCAAAUUGUACCUAUGGAGACGGCUUCAGAAUGCUUACACAGCGAUUUCAUAUACCCCCAAAAUCGUGUCUUGUCUUCUCCGAGCGAUUGAGACCAUUGUAAAGGAACUGUCUACUCCACGGCAUCUUGAAACGGAACCAACGAGUCGGCAGAUCACGAUGCUCAAAUGGUUACAUGAUGCGGACGAGGUGAUGAUCAGAUUGCUAACGAAAGUCCUCACCGAUUCUAGCCCGUUUGAAUGUGUUGAUGGUGCCCACCUUCGUUCAUCUUUGAGGGCAGUCGCCAAACUUGUGAAGUUGCUACACGGAUUUGUCAUCUACGAUGAUUCAAUACGCGUGGGUCAGUCUACCGGGCCUCAACUCAAAGGCGCCACCUCAACAAAAUUGUACGAGAGGAGCAAGGAUCGAUUCAAAGAAAUGCUUGUCCGGGCAUGGACUCUGCAAUAUACGCUAUUGAAGGAAGCGACUGUCCAAGAGCCUUCGUUGUACCCGCGAGCAGCUGACGACCUGGCAGAAUAUCUCUGCACAGUCCACAACUCUUUCGGCCUCCGACAAUAUUGCAAACAUGCCAAUAAGUCCUUUGUAAAGUUGGUCAAAUCCGAACUGGGAGGCCUCGCUGCGGAACAGGACUACACUGGCGAGAUUGCUCAAGUAUUCUUCGAUCUCUAUCAGCUCCGCUUCGCCAGUGGUAUUGGAGAUAUCGACCACGGCUGUCCUCCGGAAAAUCUGGACAAGAAGACGGCCUGGUCCUUGAUCCCGACGAUAAUGAAAUAUGCUGAACGUUUUAACGUCAGAGACUUAAACAAAAGCGAGCUCAAAGCUACAAUUGACAAAAUGCAGCAAGCUCUAGGGGUGAUUAAGAGUCCCCCAACGCUGCAGCAAAACAAACGAAUCAUUUCUUCGUACCUGAAGUCGAUUAUCAACGCAAAUGACUUGUACCGGUGCAUCAGAGGUAUUGGUGAUCUACCCACACGUGUUGUGCAGGCGGACACGCAGAUAGCUGCAAGCAGUGGCUGGUAUUUCAUGCUUGGGCAUCUCACGCUUGCGAAAUACAAGUCGAUAAAACGAGUCAAUCCAACGCCAACCGACGAUUUGGAUGUUGCUGCGAGCUUCUUCCGUCAGGACUUGGAUCACAACAUUGAGAAAUGGGAAACUUGGUAUCGUUUGGCACAGGUCUACGAGGCCAAGAUUGAAGACGACUUGAUUUGGAAUUCCACCAAACUCAAUGACUCAAGGGCUGAUAUUGCUCUGCUCGAGCGUCAAGCGAUUCACAGCUACAUCAUGGCUACCGCGGUAGCCUUGCGAUCUGCUGAUCACCGACCGGAAACUGUAGAGAAGGUUGAGGACAUGCUCACAGAGUUUGCCACUCGCUUGUAUGCGUCUUCUCGUCCGCCACUGAGUAUGGAAGCAUUCAAGACCGAUAAACAUAUACGUCAUAUGAGCAGCAUCGUUGACAUGAGAAUGUCUAAGCAACCAUAUCACAACCCCCUGGGAGAGUAUGCUCUGUGGCAUUUUGCAGCUUACCUUCUCGAAAGGAAAAUGACGGAUCGGCCCAAACCAUGGACGUCUCACUACACCCGCGCAAAGUGUCUGUGGAAGAUGUUUCGAAGCGCUGAAAAUCAAGGUCGUGUCUCUGCGGAAGCCGUCAUAGAGGCCAUUAUCGAGGCCAUUGAGGCUCUCCCUAAGAAGGAGAAGACCAAUGAGCCAAUCUUGGAACCUCAUUUCAAACUUGUGUCGAUCGUUCACAAGAUGGUGAGCACCCAAAAGAUCUCACGUGCCCAAGCCUUCCAGUAUCUACAGGCAUCACGUUAUGCGCAAGGUGUGCCUCUGUCCGAGGACCAAGAAGGGGUCGAUUGGGUGCCUUACAUGCUGGAUAUCUUGAAAAAACUUGGACAUGCGGACAAGUCCAAUUGGCAUCAUAGGAUCACAGACCGCGCUGCGCAUGUAAUAUAUGAUGAUGAGCCGAAUGCCGCCGGGGCACUUGGUGCUAAGCAUCAGUUCACGCAACAGAUAUUCACCAAAACCAUGACGAUGCAAGUUUGGAAGCCUGAAUUUGAGCGGCCCGGGCGUCAUUAUGUCUAUACUGGGCGAUACAUCUCUUUCUUCGUUCACAUUCUAGAGCAGCUCAACGAUCGCGGAAACUUGGACGCACUGGUCCGCCGCAUUCGAAGGAAGACUACAGACUUUCUCGAUCACACGAAGGUCUGGGAGGAUGUCGCCACAACAUAUGUGCGGCUGCUGAGACGACAAGGGCAAAUACCUGAAGGUCGGGAACGAGCAUUAUUCGACGGCAUGAACCAUGAAGAAUUCACCAAGAAGUCAGAGAUGAUGGAGAAAUGGGCUCAUGAUCCCGACACCACAUCAGUAUAUUUGGAUAUCAUGCGAGACGGUAUCGACCUGAAACGUCUUAACAAUAGUCUGAUGAAGGGUCCAGUCAUCGACGACCUCAUAGGGGAUUCGUACGCUUGUCUUUACGAAGAGUUCAUCAAGCAACUGCCUCCAGAAGACCAGCCCAAGCCACAUCCUGCUGCCCUCCCACAAGGCACGUUCAUCAAUAUGACGACUGAUUUUGCUGGUGGUGGCGAUGACGGUGCCGAACGUGCUCGUUUGGCCAACGUGCUCCGCGCACAAGGCGACGGUGCUGCUGACGGACCGUUGUCUGUGUCGAUCUCAGCGCCUGUUGGACUUGGGCUUCAAAACGCGCCCACACCUUUCCCGGUUCUAAGUGGCCAACCAAUUCCCGAAGUUCAGCGCGAACGAGCCAGACCCGGACGUACAAAGACAGUUACCCGACGCGAGAUCCAGCGCAAAGCAGAGGCCGCCAUAGUGAAGCCGCCACCAAUCAAGACGCCCAUUCUUUCCAAAACACCUAUUGUGGAGUUGCCUUCGAAGGCGGAAGUGGGAAUAGAAGCACCAAUCGACAAACGGCUGGCCGAAACCAAGGACGAGGACAUAGACGGUAGCAGAGCGAGCUCUCGGCGGGGGUCUAUUCAGGACAGCGCUGAUGGAGAAGCCGACGCAGAAGAUUCGGCAAGUGAGCUAAGUGAGCUCGAAGAUUUGGAUGAAGAAAAGAAGGACAUGCUCGAAGAGUACGAAGUAUCCAGAGAGAAUGCGGAUGAUGGAGGUGAAGACGGGGCAGAGGAUGCAGUCGAUGAUGCUGCUGAAGAUAACGACGGCACAGAAGACGAAGACGAGGAAAUGCAUGAUGCAGAGGAUGAGAUUGAGAUUCAAGACUCGCAGGAAAGGGUCGGCAAUGUUGCACCAAGCAAUAAAGGCAGCCCAGGCGACGACGAAGAACAAGAGUUUCAUGAAGCACGACAGGAAAACAACGACACAGUGGACUAGGUGACUACUGCUGACCACGAGUCUGGCUCUCCUAGACGGUGGAUCUACAAGCCAACUCAACCAAAGGCCGGAAGAGAUGUAGGGACUGCCGUUUCGUUGGGCUUUUUACCACCGUUCAAGGCCGUGCAGCGUGUGAGAAGGUCAUCAAGGGCGACAUGCCAUCCCCUUCAGUGCCGCUAGCGAGGGCGGAAGAUGUUAGAAAAUCAAGAUAGGACUCCUCAAAUCCAAGUCAAACAUGAUCG